AAACACUCACAGAAGCCAUCUCAUAGCAACCUCACCAAACCAUAACUGUGAUACCAAGCCGAUAGGUACCUGAAUGUCGCCAACUUCCGAGCGUCCUGCGAAACGGGUGAGGCAGGCCUGUGAACCCUGUCGGUAAGUCAAACUCCUCCCUUGACAUCUCCCAUUGUUGAACAAAUACCUGAUAGAUGCGACAAGUCGCAAGAAAUCGAGAUGUCCGGGUGAGAAACCGAUCUGUUCGUAUUGUGCACGAUUGCAGCAGGUUUGUGUGUAUGCAGAGGAGAGGAGUGAGAAUGGGAGGAAUUUACGGAGUGUUUCUCCUGCUGCUCAAUCACCGUCUAUCCGGACGUCGAGGCCGCCAACUAGUGAUGCUAGACUGGUAAGUCCUGCUGACUUGUCUUCGUGGAUGGGAAAGACUGAUUGAGAAUAGGAGGAUCGGUUGAAGAGUGUGGAAUCUCAACUUGCGGAGGUUCUUGCUAAUCAGGUUUCCCUCACGAGAAGUCCUGCUCCGCAAGGACCGGAACCUCCGACCCGUUUACAUAGGAGGAAUCCAAGUAUAAAUCUGCACGAUAGGCAAGUAUUCACUCACAUCUGGAGGAUUUUCCUAAUCGCAUUGCAGUCGACUUCCUUCAUGGGAUAUAGUUCAAACCAUUGCAGAAGCAUAUCUCACAUACUGCGAUUGCCAGCCAUUACCGUUAUUUCAUCGCUCUACGUUUCUCCAGACUUUGAAAGAACGUGGUCCAGAAGUUCUGUUUUCUGUACUGGCUUUGGCGUCAAGGUUUACACCGUUAUUCACCAAUGAACCCGUGACUGAGUACGUUGAGGCUGCUAGAGCGAUCAUCUCAAAGAAGGUUUUCGAUGGCGCUGUUGCGUUGUCCACAAUACAAUCCCUCUGUCUGCUCAGUUUAGUUGAUUUUACGGGUAGGCUUCCAUGUUCGGAUUUAGUGUACAAACUGAUGUUAAUAGAUGGUAACACACGACGUGCGAGUAUCCACAGCAGUCUCGCUAUGAGCCUAGCGCAAAAUGCUGGUUUAACGCGAGAAACUCAUGCCUCAAUAUCAAAACAAGAGAAAGAGGAAAGAAGACGAGCAUUCUGGAGUCUCUUCCUCCUCAAACGAUUACACGGAGCUGAUUUCAUGGUCUUGGAUUUCUCCGCGGAAGACAAUUUUCCCUGGUAUCCAGAAACCACUGGAAAAGUCUCAAAAUACGGACACCAAGCGGAGCAAUUCCCUUCGAAUGGUUCAGACUCGUCAGUAGACAAAGGAAUCGUAGCUUAUGCCAUCCAACUAAGUGAAGUAUGGUUCAAAAUCACCAGAUACGCAUGGAGGCGGGGAAUACUGAAUGAAUCUCCCCCGUGGUCACCUCAGUCUGAAUACUCUGUAGCACUGGCACAACAAAUGGACUUCGAGACCCGAAUGCCAUAUAUACACCGCUUUAAUCCUGCCAAAUUUUCCCAGAGACCGAUUGAAGAACUUGAUCAAGCUAGAGAUUACUGGGGGCCAUGGCUACUGAUACAAUUCCUCUACCACACCAAUCUUUGUCUCCUCAACCACCCACUCCUUCUCUCUCUACGACUACGAAAUUUCAAAGGGGUGAUUCCCGAGAUCUUCCUCCAGAAUACGGCGGAUUUGAUGGCUUCCCAUGCGUCCUGGAUUAUCAAUUUCAUCGAUAUGUUGGAAGCGAAGGAGUUCAAGGUCUCCGAUCCAUUCUUGGGGCAUUGCGUGGCGAUCGUUGCGACGAUCUAUUUACAGGAGAGCUUUGUGGAUGACGAGGGGAAGAGGAGGGACAAACAAUGCAAUUUCGAUAAAUGUCUACAAUUUAUUCGAGGAUUCGGUGCGCAAUGGCCGCAUGUAGGACGGAUUGUAAGAGCCCCUAACUCCCUUGGUACCACACUAACUAACCAACCCCCCUUACAGGCCCAAAAACUCGCCUCCCUAAGCGAAACAGUCUCCUCAACCCAAGUAGCAAGCGACGAACCCAUCCGUCAAAACCGCAAACUCCUCAUUGAUCUAGGCCAAUUCUUCGAGAUCUUGGAGUACAGCUCCUCCUCCGAAAUUGCCGGCACAGCAAGGAACCUCUUCGAUGCCUCGCUGCAUUCCACUCUAAUGGUUUCUCGCACCGAGAUGGCGCAGACGACUGUGCUGCCGGAGCCUACCCGGGUCGAGCGACAGGAGUUUGGAACGCCCACUUUGGGGACGCCCGUUGCGGGCGUCGGGAUGGCUGUCAAUGUCUUGCAGGGUAAUGAGUUUUUGGGCUUCGGAGGGGCGGGUGGGAGUGCUGGUGCAGGUGCGGGACAUGGAAGUAUAGCGUUCGGUACAAAUAUGGAUUCUCAUGGAGCCCAGCAGCCUUUUCAAUUCUCAGAUGAUGAACUGGCGGUUCUGGCGGAGAACUUCUUUCAUCAGCGACCGCAGGUUGAGGGGCAGGGGAGUGCGGGUGGGUGGUGGAAUUUGGGGAACCUUUAG